AUGGUCAGCGCCACUAUUAUGAAGAAGCAAUACCAGGAUAUAUUCAAUGUGAAUGAGAUAGAGAAGCAAAAGCGGAAUAGAUCUAGACAUCAAAUCCAACACGCAGGAGGUCUAACUAGGAAUGAAGCUCAGGAUCUUAUUGUUCCAUCUGCUGCACCUAUUGAACAGGCAGUUAUUCAACCCUGCGAGUCUCAGCCAUCUGAGCCUGCACCACGCCAAUGA